AUGAUUUCUUAUUUGCUAAAUUAAAGUGAGUCUUUCUAGACUAGUGAAAACAAGUUUGAUGAAUUAAAUAGAAGAACUUAACCAUUUCUUUAUAAAAACAGAUAAUUAGAAGGCUAAAAAGAAAAAAUAUCAAGUGAAUGUGACCUAGGGUAAGAAAAAGUUAUAAGAGAAAAUGUAUUUAUAAUGUUUUCUAAGUUCUAGAUGGAAACAUAAUUAAAAAGAAAGAAUGAUGAAUUCGAUUCAAUUAAAUUUAUAAAAAAAAUAAUAAGCUUAUCUUUAAACGCUCUUGAAGAGGAAUAUUAAGAAAAUCUUAAAUAACACAAUCAUAAGGAUUAAUAUUCUCAAAUAAGUUUAGUAUUGUAGAUAGUAGACUAAAGUGAUAUUGAAGCAUUUUAAUUGCCACCAACUGUUUAAUAAUGUUCAUAAACUUAUAAAAAAACACAUAAAAAACCUAAGAACAAAAAAAAUAAAGUAGAUUCAUAGAAAAAAACUCAAAAAAAUUAAACAUUCACUUAAAAAUAUCAUCCAUAAUAACCUUAAAUUGAAUAAUAGAUGAAAUAGAAAUAAUUUAAUUCUAGUUCUCCUCAAAAUUCUCACAUGAUGAAGUCUUAAACAACUUCUUAAAAAUAAUAAAUAUUUACUAGUUUGAAUUAGAAUAUAAACUAAAAAUGCAAAAAAGAUUCUAGUGAUUUGGAUGGAUAAUUUGGUCAUGUAAUUUUAUAAGAUUAUAUAGAUUGGUGCUGUAAGUACUACAACAGGGAAUUCUUAAUCAGAAUCAGAUGACUGUCUAUUGUAAUAGGAUGAGAAUAAUCAAAAGAACAAAAGUUUAUUAAGAAAAAAUAAUAAGGAGAAAUACAAAAAGAAAAAUUACAAUAACAUGGAAAAAGUAGGAAACAAGCAAUAUCCAUAUUCUACAUAAACUACACCUAUUAAACAUAAACAAUUAAACUUAAAUAAAUCUAAAACAUAAGACAUAGAUGAGUUUGUAAAUAACAUACAAGUUAAAAGUUUUUAAAAUAAAAUAAGAAAACGAAUAUGCUUUAAUAGACUACAUUAUAUUAUUUCCAUGAAUUCAGACCUUAACAUUUAUGCUUAUGGAUCUUUCGAAACUGGACUUGAUUUAGAUGUAAGUGAUGUUGAUAUAGGAAUUUUGGGAACAUAAACACUGAGUUAUAAUCAAAUAGCUAACUUUUUAUAGUCAAUAAAUUUGAUAUUAAAAUAGACACAAUUUUUAGUUAAUUCAAAGUACUAUUAUCUCAAAAUUGUAGGCUAAUUCAAAGCCAUAUGCCAAUAUUAAAAUUAGAGUUGAAUCCUAAAACUGAGUUUUAUAAUGAUGAUGCUUACAUUUAAUAAAAUUGGCAAAGUUUCCAUUUAGACUAAGAAGAUCCAGGUAUUUUAAUAAUAUUAUCUUAGGCAAAAUCAUACAAGUAGAUUUAACUUGGAUUUAUUAGUGGAGCAAUAUAUAUAAUAAUCCACAUUUGGGAUUUGCCUCAACAACAAUAAUUAAAGAUUGGGUAAUUAGAUUUUAUUGGUAUAGAGAUAUAAUGCUCAUUUUAAAGUAUUUGCUCAAAUCCAAAAAUUUGAAUGAUGCUCACACAGGUAUCAUAUAUCAAGAUGAAUAUUGUAGGAGGAAUAUCUUCAUUUUGUUUGUCAAUAAUGUUAGCUGCUAUAUAUAUGUGCAAACAUUACACUCAAAAUGAUAAAAAAUAAAUUCUUCUAGAUUUUUUAAAAAAGUAUGGCACUUCAUUUGAUCCUUUAAAAGAGGGCAUUUACAUAGAUGGUUAUGGGUACAAAAAUUAUCUAGUCUAGGUAAUAAAACCCAUUUAUUGCUUUGGAGGAAUGUCCCCCUUAUAAUCCUCUCACAAUAUACUCACCUAUUAAUUACUAAAUAAUAUCUCAAAAAGCUAUUAGAUUUCCAGAGAUUUAAGAAGAAUUUAAAAAGCUAUAUGAAUAUUUGAUGAAGUCUAAUAAAAUUCAAGAUUACUUUGAUAUUCCUAAAGAAAUGAAUUAAUAAUUAUUUAUAUGA